GUGCAAGUAGUGUUCAUAGUUUAUUUAUACUACUAAGGAAAGGCUGAACAGCUUGUCUGAUGACUUAUUAUAUUGGAGAGACAAGAAGAGAGUGAUAGAGAUGACUACUGCUACCAUGUAUGCAAUUCAAAGCAGCUGCUCCUCAUGGAGGGCUUCUUCGUUUUCCCCGAACAUCGAUGUUCGUUCAAGAGCUUCACUCUUAUCUUCCAUCAGUUCAAAGCUGUUCUGGAAAGAACUCAAUCAAACUACAGUUUUGCAUCAUGUUCCCAAGACGAUCAAGGAGGCUUCAGUGAGAUUGCUGGAUAGUUUUGUCUAUUUGGCAUUCGAGUUCCUUGAUCAGACGUUGCUCCCAUCACAGAGUAAUUUUGCUCCAGUGGAAGAGAUUGGAGAGGCUGUUCAGGUGACUGCUGGCUCCAUUGAUGGGAGAAUCCCAGAUGAUUUUCCAGAGGGUGUUUACGUUAGAAAUGGACCUAAUCCCCUGUUUGGAGGUUUAAAAUCAACCAAGUCUAUAUUUGGAAAGUCUAGCCACACUUGGAUAGAAGGAGAAGGCAUGCUUCACGCCUUGUACUUCUCUAAAGACAGUGAUGGAAGAUGGAAGAUUUCCUACAACAACAGACAUGUCGAAACAGAUACUUUCAAACACGAAAAGGAUAGGAAGAAACCAGCAUUUCUUCCUGCUAUAGAAGGGGAUUCUCCAGCUGUCCUGUUAGCUUAUGUACUAAAUUGGUUAAGAUUUGGCUCCGUAAAUAAGUAUCUGAGCAACACCAGUGUUUUUGAGCACUCUGGAAAGUUCUAUUCGGCUGCUGAGAACCACAUACCUCAAGAAAUUGACAUUCUUACAUUAGAAACCAGACGGAAUUGGGAUAUAAACGGAGAUUGGACAAGGCCGUUUACCAGUCACCCCAAGAAAGCUCCAGGUACAGGAGAGCUCGUGAUUAUGGGCAUUUAUCCACAAAAACCUUACUUAGAGCUGGGAAUAGUCUCAGCUGAUGGAAAGAAACUGCUUCAUAGAGUGGAUCUCAAAUUAAACAGAUGUUGCCUUUGCCAUGAAAUAGGGGUUACAAGAAGGUACAAUGUGAUCAUGGAUUUUCCUCUGACCUUGGACAUAAAUCGACUCAUAAGAGGAGGACCGUUAAUAAAAUACAAUAAGAAAGGAUAUGCUAGGAUCGGAAUAAUGCCUCGUUAUGGAGAUGCAGAUUCCGUCCACUGGUUUGAAGUGGAACCAAGUUGUACAUUUCACAUUAUCAAUUGCUAUGAAGAGGAUGAUGAGGUAAUUGUCUUGGCGUGUAGAUCUCGCAAUUCAAUCAUACCAGGGCCUGACUUUGGUUGGAACAAAUUUGAGUGGUAUUCCAAAGGUUUCAAGCAGAUAGGUGCACUCGAAGAAAUUGAUGAAGAAUCAGAAGACGAGUCAUUCCUUUCGCGUGUGUAUGAGUGGAGACUAAAUAUGCUCACCGGAGAGGUGGCAGAGAAGAAUCUCACAGGAGCUGAGUACUCUAUGGAUUUUCCAAUAGCUAAUGAAAAAUACAUUAGCAAGAAAAAUAAGUUUGGCUACACACAGGUAGUCGACUCAGACGCGAGCUCCAUGUCAGGCAUGGCAAAAUAUGGAGGGCUUGCAAAGCUUUAUUUUGAAGAGAUGGAGCUUGAAGAGUUGAUAAAGGUUGAAUAUCACAAGUUUCCAGAGAACACCUUCUGUUCAGGGGCUGCUUUUGUGGCCAAAUCUGGGGGUGUUGAAGAGGAUGAUGGUUGGAUCAUUACAUAUGUGCAUAAUGAAGACAGCAACUUAUCUCAAGUCUAUAUAGUUGAUGCAAAGAAUUUCUCACACGAGCCGGUUGCUAAAAUUACGCUUCCAAGGAGAGUGCCUUAUGGAUUUCAUGGAGCUUUUAUGCCACUACAUCCAUGACGGUAGCCAACCCUGUGAAGCAAUAUGAUGGGUCAAGAAUCAUUUUGAUCCAACCGUUAUGAUGCCCUUCGAUACACUGUACAUAACUUUGUAUGUGAUAUGGAAACCACAUUGUAAAAUGUAUGACUUCUGUUAAAAUACAAGUUAAUAAAGACAAGUUGUAGUACUUGUGUGUAAUAGUAUAAUGGUGAAAGUUAGUCCAACAGCA